CGGGUCCUCCGGGGCUUCAGAUCCGCUCUGGAGGCCACUGAAGGCGGAUCCACCGCCCGGGGAACCCGACACCUGACCGCCCCGUCCCGCUCCUCGCCGCCCGGCUCCGGCUCCCUGUCUGCGGCCUCCUCCUCAUGAAGAACCGGGAGGAGCCGGGGAGCUUCGAGGUUUCUGUCCAGCAGCUCAACGACCUGCUGACGGACGACAGAGGCUUGUUCACGCGGCCCAGCACCGACUGUCACCCGGUCCAUCCCGGGAUUUACGUCGGUAACGAGUCUGUGGCGUUGAACGUGCUGCGUCUGAAGCGUCUGGGCAUCACCCACAUCCUGAACGCGGCGGAGGGGAACUCCUUAAUGCACGUCAACACCAACGCAGAGUUCUACGCCGGCACCGGCUUCAUCUACCACGGGAUCCCGGCCAGCGACUUCGACCACUUCGACCUCAGCGUUUACUUCGAGGAGGCGGCAGACUUCAUCGGGAAGGCGCUGGCGUACAACAAUGGAAAAGGGAAAGUGUACGUUCACUGCAGGGAAGGCUACAGCCGCUCGCCCACCUUGGUCAUAGCCUUCCUGAUGCUUCGCCAGAACAUGGACGUCCACACCGCUGUGGCCACGGUGCGGCAGAACAGAGAGAUCGGACCCAACGACGGCUUCCUGCUGCAGCUCUGUGGACUGAACCAGAGGCUGAGCGCCGAGCAGGAGUCCUGGGAGCAGUGAGGAGAGAAGAAACGUGCACUCACUCACAUCACUUCCUGCCACGUGUUCGAAAGCUCGGACCAGCUGCAGAUGUGUGUUCUGGAAGUGAGGGCAGAGGAAAACGAUGAAGACGCAGGUGACACCGAUGAAGACGCAGGUGACACCGUGUGCUGAUCGUACAGUGUUGUAAAACCUGCCUCCUGCUGUUAGUGGACGGGACAAAGUAAAAAGUCAAAGUAAACUUAUAAUAAGUUUCUGUCAAAGAUGGUUUCUGGGGUUGUUUGGUUUUAAGUUGUUGUUUGAUGCUCAGCAUAUUUUGCACAGUGUGUGUUUGCAGGUUAAUAUUGUAGAGCUUUGUACUGUUGUUUAUGUGUAUCUGCAGUAUGUGUAUUUGUACUGUGCUUUAUACACAACGUGUGUAACUGAGCCUGUGACGUGUGGUUGUGAUGUCACGUGAGAACCUCAGAUACGGCUGAUUGUUGUUCCCGUGUUUUCACACGUUCAGUAAUAAACGUCUCAAGAGUUUCUUGUAAAAUAUGAUUGAGGUGAUGUUCAACACAGACUGAAACAUCUGUAACAUCUGUAACUAAACCUUUAACACCUGGUUAGACUGAGUAGUAACCACUUUGUCCUGUAGAGGGGGUAGUAGGACCACUGAAGCUGCUGCGAGGUAAAGAUCAGUCAACAAAAGUUAAAGUUUGAGGCAUAAAAUAUUUAAUAAUAAAGAUUAUUCUGCACAAAAACAUGAAUUUACUUAUUAAAAAGUCUUUACAUUCAAAAUUACAUUCAAACAAAACUAAUACAUAAUAUUUUCUCUUUAGUCUGGCUUUCAAUUUCAUUUCAAGUAUUUGUAUUUAUAUUUCUUUAUUCUUUAUUAUUUGGUGUAUCGUUUCUAAUUCUCUAACUUUAUUGUUUUCAGAUUAUUAUGGAUAUUUAAUGCUCUUUGUAUUUUUACUUUAGUAUUUCAGUGUAAGUUGAAUUGUGACGAGCACAGAGGCUCAGACGUAAAGUGACACGAGGCCUGCAGCUGAAACAAGACAUCACUCCUUGAUGUGUUGAUUAAAGGGUUAAAGUGUUUAUCUUUA